AUGGCGAGGGGAACCAGGAGGAUGCUGAGCUCGAUGGUGUCGUCGGUGAGGACGGGAUUGACGGCUCGACUAUGGCAGCAGAGAUGGGACAUGCAGAAGUACAAGCAGAACGCGUCGAAGAUGCAGCAUGCGUUUCCUCCGAAGAGACCCAAGGACUCCUUCCUCCGAGCAGAACUGAAAGUGCGCAGCGACGAGCUGGUCAGAGAUCAGUACCUCAACUUCCGUGGAGGAUUGAGGUUCGCGCUCUUGCUGGAGGAUAUUGACGCAUUUGCUGGCAAUAUAGCUUUCAUGCAUUGCAACGAUGGCGAUCCUGAAACGAUUGUUCCUACUCUGGUGACUGCAUCUCUUGACCGACUUGACAUUCACGACCCGAUCACGUUGAAUCUUGGACAAGACUUUGUGCUUGAAGGAAACGUGUCGUGGGCAGGACGUACUUCCUUGCAGAUAGACGUCAGUCUCUUUCCGAAGUCAGAACUUGACGUCUCAAAUUCUGAACACAAGCUUCGAUGCUCUAUGGUGUUUGUCUGCGUCGAUCAGAAAGGCAAGGCCUUUCCGAUCAACCCUCUGAUCCUAGAGACCCCUCAAGACGAAAAGCGAUUCAAUGAGGGAGAGAGGGCAAACCUCGUGAGGAAGGAGGAGCGCAAAAGAAGUUUGAAAGUUUCUCCGCCAACUGAGGAGGAAGCGAAAAUCCUGCAUCGCGCCAUGACUGUACCCGACGGGAUUCCGGACGGGCUGCCGAUGGCUGCUGUCAGGAUGCAGUCAGUGACCAUCAUGCAACCGCAGGCAUGCUCUACUUCUUGUAUCUGA